UUAGAGGACAGCUUUGUAUUGAUAAUCAAUGUUGUUUCCUGUUUGAUCUGUCUUUCGUCCUUAAGAUAAAUACAAGUUGAGUAUUUUUUCUUUGCACUUCAGUUUACUUGUCUUCGAUUGACUUCUAAGCAUCAAUCAGCCAACACUGAUCCCUUGGUCCUGGUGACGUGAACAUCUUCAUUWCCCAUGGUUUAAWCUUCGACCAGGACUUGUUUUGUCAAUUUGGUUACUUGUAGUGCUCAUUUGGACUGUGGCCUUGAGUYAUUUCUGCAGUCAAGAUGAGUCUUAUGUUUGUUUGGCUGUGUGCAUUAGUUAUCGCAGCUACCCAGGCAAUCCCAAUCACAAAAAACGCAGGGUCUGAUGAACACGCAAAGGAAAACACCCAUGACAGRAUUUAUAAGAUUAAUAAAGAAAGCGAUCUCAACUUAUUUGAGGGCGAUGUMAUWAUAACAGAUAAAGAAAAGAUACCGGAAUCUCAACCAUUGUCCAAACGAAAUGCUGUUCGAGACAGAAAACGUCUUUGGAUCAWUAAAGUCGUUCCUUACCAAUUUWCGUCUGGWUUUCCAGGUAACACUGACASAAAGCGAAUAUAUGUGUGUCUUAUACCAACUCGGGAGAAUGUAAUGCAUGCUGCAAUGCACUGA